AUGUCGAAUAUAGCACCUCAAGUGCUAAGGCAUGCCUCCCGGGCUUGCUUGCGGCGCUCGUCGCUGUCAGCAAGCCUGGUCAGACCAGCAUACAGCGCGAGGACGGUCACUGGUUCCAGCUCGGGCGGCAGGAGGUACGUGUCAAGCUCGCAGAAGCACAAUGCCCAAGCCCAGACGACAGUUGAGUCUGCAGUUAAGACGGCACAGAAGGUAUCAGUCCCAGGCACUUCUGUGUCUGGCGAUGCCCUGACCAAUCCGUCUGCGAGUAUCUUGAAACAGGCUACAAUCAUGGAUGAAGGAAAUCGACCGAUAUAUCUGGACAUGCAAGCCACAACCCCUACUGAUCCCCGAGUUCUCGAUGCGAUGCUACCCUUCCUCACUGGACUCUAUGGUAACCCUCACUCGAGAACUCAUGCAUAUGGUUGGGAGACCGAAAAGGCCACCGAGCAGGCUCGGUCACACGUUGCCACUCUCAUCGGAGCUGAUCCAAAGGAAAUCAUUUUCACUAGCGGAGCUACUGAGAGCAACAACAUGAGCAUCAAGGGUGUGGCUCGGUUCUUUGGGCGGUCAGGCAAGAAGAAACACAUCAUCACCACCCAGACAGAACACAAAUGUGUUCUCGACAGUUGUCGACAUCUGCAGGACGAGGGCUUCGAGGUGACCUAUCUGCCGGUCCAGAGUAAUGGGUUGAUUAAGAUUGAAGAUCUAGAGGCUGCCAUUCGACCUGAAACGGCGUUGGUUAGCAUCAUGACCGUUAACAACGAGAUUGGUGUCAUUCAGCCUAUGAAAGAGAUUGGAGCUCUCUGUCGUUCAAAGAAGGUUUUCUUCCAUACUGAUGCUGCCCAAGCUGUUGGGAAGAUACCUGUCGAUAUCAACGAGUGGAACGUUGACCUGAUGUCCAUUUCCGGCCACAAGCUCUAUGGCCCUAAAGGAAUUGGAGCCUGUUACGUUCGACGUCGUCCCAGAGUUCGCCUUGACCCUCUCAUUACCGGUGGUGGCCAGGAACGUGGAUUGCGCAGUGGAACUCUCGCUCCUCCCCUGGUCGUUGGAUUUGGUGAAGCCUGUCGGCUCGCCAAGGAAGAGAUGGAGUAUGACUCGAAGCGUAUCUCAGCUCUUUCCCAGCGACUUCUCUCCAGCCUUCUCGCUCUUGAACACACAACUCUCAAUGGUGAUCCUAACCGCCAUUACCCAGGUUGUGUAAAUGUAUCCUUUGCUUACGUCGAGGGCGAAUCGCUCCUCAUGGCCCUCAAAGACAUUGCCCUAUCGUCUGGCAGUGCCUGCACUUCUGCCUCUCUCGAGCCUAGCUACGUCCUUCGUGCACUUGGAAAUAGUGACGAAAGUGCUCACAGCAGUAUCCGAUUUGGCAUUGGCCGAUUUACUACCGAAAGUGAGAUCAACUAUGUGAUCAAGGCAGUUAAGGAGAGAGUGACUUUCCUCCGUGAGCUCAGUCCGCUGUGGGAGCUUGUACAAGAAGGUGUUGACUUGAACACCAUUGAAUGGAGUCAGCAUUGA